CUGGAUAGUCAGGAGUCUGUUUAAAUCAAUUAUAUCAAUCUGAGCAAGGUGGAAGCUGGCAUACUACCUGUAGGUCUUUGCAAAAUCUUGUGAUGUUGGAGAAAAUGCAGACCACUGGGGGCAGCCAGACAAUAGAAUUAGGAUUAUGGCCAAUAUCCAGCUGCUUGUCCCCCACAUGCUUUCCCAACACAGCUCACACAAUGGAUUUGAGCUGGUUCCAGACUCCGGGACAGGAAUAACAGUGUCAGCAAAACUGCAGAUAGAGAUUGUAGGAAUUGGGGUGAAGAUGGCAAAGAAGAAGAACAAGCUAUGUUAAAUAAUGGUGUGUAAAUAUAAUGGUCGAAGUUUUAAAACAAUUUCUUUUUGAGAGAGGGAGAAGACGCAUGCACAAGCAGGGAGAAGGGACUGGGGAAGAAGGAGAGGGCAAAAGAGGGAAUCUUAAGUGUGAUCCAUGCCUGGUGUGGAGUCCUAUGUGGGGCUUGAUCUCACCACUCUGAGAUCAUGACCCAAGCUGAAACCAAGACUUGGACGUGUAACCAACCCAACCACCCAGUUGCCCUCCAACACAGGUCUUUAGAGGGGACCUGUCACACCUCUGAGCUCAUGUUGGGGGUUGGUGUCUUCCAAAAGCUCAAGGAAAAGAGAGCUGGGAAUAUUAAUUUUUGGAAGGUGAUUGUUCAUUCAAAUGAUGUAAUUUAUGAGCAAGGGCUACCUGAAUUAUGGAUUAUUUGUGUGUGUAGGGGGGGUUGGAGGCUGGUUUGAAACUCUGCCUUAAAUGCCAAUUCUAUCUUAGAAGAAUAUGAGCUAACUAGAGACUAACAAGUGAUCUUCUCCAUGUCUCAUUUCCUUAUCAUUAAGGCGCUAAGCCAUUUUUUUAAUAAAAUUUCUAUUCCACUGAUGUUACAAGUAAUUUGUCAAACAUGAAGAUUCCUGGCUUCCUUAGUGAACUGAAAGCUGUUUGCCAAGCGAUGUUAGAUCCUCCCGCUUCGUUCUAAGUUCUUGAGACGGUCUGCAAAAUGAAAAAGAAUCUCUUGCUUGUUUGAAUCAGGGAGAAGCGGGACCCGACCGUGGGGAGGUUUUCAGAGGGUGGUGACAUGGCCCUUAACACUGGCUGAUCUCCAAAAGCGUUCUGUAUUUGCUCAGUGUUCUCUGUUUGGGAUCGUGGCUCCUCUGGCACAGCUUGUCAGCAAUCUGUGUUUUGCUUUUUUCUUUCUUUCUUUCUUUUUUUUUUUUUUCUGAAAUCUGUCUCCCCCAACUCCUCCUGCCCGCAAGCAAUGCAGAAAACAGUGGACCCGCGGAGAGGAAGUCAGUUGAUAACAGAGAAGUGGAUGAAUUUGAGGCAUGCGCCCUGGCGUAGGAAUUAACAGCACUUUUUUUUUUUUUUUUUUUUUGUAUUUCAACAUACAUAAACGGAUUGAAUUUUCCUUUAAAGAAGUCGCUUAAAAAUCUAGUGGGCUGUUAGGUUUUCGUCUCUCUGACUUCAAUUCUUUGAUUCUCCUAAUGUUUUUAUUUGACCCGAGUGUGUAAAAUUAACCGGAGCAGUUCCCGUCUCCCCUCCCCGCUCCUGGGCGGGAGGAAGCUGGCACUCUGCCCAGUGGGCUGGGCCUUACUAAGUUUCAUUUUCCUCUCCUCCGAGUGCCUGAGCCCCGGAUGCUGCUGAAGAAUGUUCUGUGUGGAUUUCUGAGUCGGCUUAGCCGUCCAAACAGAGCAGCCACACUCAGCCUCAGUCCGUGUAGAGGUUCUACAAACAGAUUGAGAAGCAUGGCAGUGGCGACUCGUUUGACGGCGAUGCAAGAAAAGAAGCUGCAGAAUUACUUUGGAGGAAAACGGUUUACCCUUCUUUAUAAAGCUAGUGUCCAUGAAUUCUCUGGAUCUAAUUGUCUUAAGAGAUGCUGUGGCCAAGGGCCUACUCUGAUGGUGAUUUAUGGUGGAUGUUAUGUUUGGGGGGCCUAUAUAAGAGAGAAUUACAAGAGAGAUGACACAGUUCCCGUUGUCCUUUUUGCCUUUCAAGAGAAUGAAAUUUCAGAAUGUGAUGUAGGAGCACACUCACCAUCUUUUUUUCUUUAUGAAUAUAGUGUAAGCUGUAGUAAUAGUUUAUGGUUCCUCCUAAAUCUGAGGGAAAAAAAAGCGACUGUAAGCUUAGAUACAGCUAAAAAACUUGGACUGCCUCAAGAUCAACCUAUUUCCCUUGAGGAAUGUGAAGUUUUUCGUUGUGAAGAUUUAUUGGAUAAAAGAACCAUGAAAGGGAUUACUCAACUCCAUGAGAGAUUAUUGCAUGACAUGAAAACCUACAGUCCUUAUGGAGGCCUCGUUCACCAAAUACGGAUUCUACUCCUGGGUCCCACUGGGGCUGGGAAGUCUAGCUUCUUCAACUCAGUAAAGUCUGUUUUCCGAGGCCACGUAACACACCAGGCUCUGGUGGGCUCUGAUACAACUGGGGUAUCUGACAAGUACAGGACGUAUUCCAUUAAGGAUCAGGGAUCUGGCAAUGCCCUGCCAUUUAUUCUGUGUGACUCAAUGGGGCUGGGUGAGAAGGAAGAAGGACUGUGCAUGGAUGACAUAGUCUACAUCCUAAAAGGCCACAUUUCGGACAGAUACCAGUUUAAUUCCACAAAACCAAUCACACCGGUUCAUAGUAACUAUAUUGACAACCCAUUGCUGAAGGACAGAAUCCAUUGUGUGGCACUUGUGUUUGACAUCAACUCUGUUGAACACCUCUCUCGUGACAUGAUGGCAAAGAUCAAAAAAAUUCGAAGGGAGUUGAUAAAGUGUGGUGUAGCACAUGUGGUUUUGCUCACUCAUGUGGAUAGCAUGGACCUGAUUAGCAGAGGUGACCUUGGAGACAUAUACAAAUGUAUGCUUGUGAAGCCUAAGUUAGAGACAGUCCACAGAGAACUUGGAUUUGCUCUUUCUGACAUCUUGGUGGUUAGUAAUUAUACCUCAGAGUGGGAGCUGGACCCUGUAAAGGACGUUCUGAUCCUCUCUGCACUGGGACAGAUGCUGUGGGCUGCAGAUGACUUCUUAGAGGAUUUGCCUCCUGAGGAAACAGAGAUCAAAGAAGAGGAAUCACCAAGUGUGUAAAAGAAG